AUGGGAUGUUUUUUCGGUGCAUUGUUAUCCCCAGGCAAUCAUUUAUUAGGAGACUGAUUGUGAUGAACAAUAACACAGUAAUGGAGGAACAGUCAUCAUACUUCAACCGAAGAAUUACCAGAUCGACGAUAAAAUCCGAAAGUGUUGUUGACAAGAAGGCAGAUACUGCAGCAUCGAAGAAACUGUCAAAACUGACGAAAGCAGCAUCAGCGGGAUCUGCAAUAAGAGCUGAAUCAACAUCUACAGAGAAGGAAAUUAUAAAUGACAAUAAAAAAAUCAAAAUAGAAUAUGAAGAAACAGACAGUAGUGCACAUUUGAUUUCUGACGCUGAAGAUUUUGAAGUUCCAGUUAAAAGAGAACAACAGGACUCAAAGCGUUCUGCUUGGGAGCCACCAAACUGCUGGCAACAGCUGGACAAUAUCCGUGAAAUGAGGAAGAACAGGGACGCGCCUGUGGACACGAUGGGCUGUGACAGGAUAAGUGACCAAGACGCUAAACCACAGGUAUACAGGUACCAGGUGUUGCUGUCUUUGAUGCUGUCAAGUCAAACCAAAGAUCAGGUCACAUCUGCUGCAAUGACAAGACUAAGACAACAUGGCUGUAACAUUACAAACAUCUUAGCCACUGAUGACAAGAAACUUGGGGAACUCAUUUAUCCUGUUGGAUUUUGGAGGAGGAAAGUAGAGUACAUCAAAAAGACCACUCAGAUAUUAAAAGACAAGUAUAAAGGUGACAUUCCUAGAACAUUGGAGGAGCUUUGCAAACUUCCAGGUGUUGGUCCUAAAAUGGCACACCUGGUAAUGAAAUGUGCAUGGGCAGAAGUGACAGGUAUAGCAGUAGACACACAUGUCCACAGGAUCUCCAACCGCUUGGGCUGGGUUAGAAAACCCACUGUGCAACCUGAGAAUACAAGAGUGGAGCUAGAGUCCUGGUUGCCAAAGGAACUGUGGACUGAAAUCAACUGGUUGCUGGUUGGGUUUGGUCAGCAGACCUGUCUUCCAGUGGGACCUAAAUGUCAGCAGUGUCUAAAUCAGCACAUAUGUCCAUUUGGAAAGAAAGAAUUAAAGAGAAAGUCACCUGUCAAGUCUCCAAAAAAAUGACAGUAUUUUUUUUAUAGGAAGAGAAUAUAAGGACAUUUUAAUUUCAUUUACCAGCAGUAUUUCUCUCUUUUGUACUAAAAUUUAAAUUAGUGCAAUCUUUAAAUAAUUUUGAAUUAAGAAAAUUCUGCUGGCUUCUAAGACACCUGAGUUGGACUUAUGAAACAGAUAAAAGCAUAGCAAGUCACAGUUGUGCUGUUUUUUAUGUAUUUUUUAUUUAAAAGGUCAAUCUUGAUUUACAAGCCAAAAGAGAUAUUAUUGAGUUGUCCUGAAAGCCACUGCUCUUGGUGAAGAAUGCAUACCAAAGAAGUAAAAAGUAUUAAGUGAAAUAUUUGAAGCAAAAUUAAAGGUACCU